AUGUCAGCCGCACUGAUCGUCGGUCAUAGCUUGAAGCCUGAGGUCCGCCUCGCUCAGGCUGUUUCGCAAUUUGAAGCCGAGCUCUCAGAUGAACACAAACCAAGCUUUCGGUCCUUGAGAUCGAAGACAAUUGGAUCUCCUCCCAGUAUUCAAGAUGUCAUGCAACUCACAGCGGAGAUUGAUCGCGCCUCGGAAAAGAGAAGGCGUUGCUUGGGGCCGCGACUGACCAACGUCCUGCAAGCCACCCAGCAAUUUGCCGCACUUGGCGAUGUUUUAGUCGGCGGAUCUCAAAACAUACUGGCCUGUGGUGUAUGGACAGCAGUACGAUUAUCAUUAAAGUUGAUCGUCGACUUUACCUCUUACUUGGAGAAACUAUCAAAUGUCUUCAUGAUAGCUGGCCGUCUUGCGCCACGGCAUGAAAAAAUGGCUUUGUUGUAUCCCCGAUCAAGCGACUUGCAGUCUUCAUUGUGCGAAUAUUUCAUCGUUGUUGUACGCCUUUGUCAUGAGAUAACGGCUUUCGCGCGCAAGUCGACGUUCGGUAAAUUGGCCGCUUCAUUAAGUGACCCGGAUCUCAUUUCAUACCAGUCGGACCUUGAGUCUUGGGGAAAGAUGAUCAAGGGGGAAGUGACAUACUUGAUGGCAAAGAGACUCGAAGAUGAAGCCGACCUCAAUUCACGAUUUAGAGCAAUGUCGACCAAAUUUCACAAGUCGGGUGCUUAUCAGCAUGCAGUCCAGACAAAGCAGCGAGUGCUUGAUCUCUGUUCUCAAUACGACCACAGUGUCUCUUGGAAGCAGAUUCGAAAAACAGGCAACACAAGCUUGUUUCGUGAAAGUCCUUUAUACCGCGACUGGAAGUCGUUGCCCGUUGGUUCCACUCUUGUAUACACUGGCAAGCUAGGAUCUGGGAAGUCCGUUUUAAUGGCAAACAUAGUGGACGAUAUCUACAUCGGGAAUAAGAAUGCGCCAGUUGCAUAUUUCUUCUGCAGGCAUGAUAUCCUCGAGAGUCUCAAUGCCCGGACAGUGGUUGGCUCUUUGGCUCGUCAACUGCUUGAGUCAUUAACAGACUUCACUGCUGCCUCAGUAAUUUUUGAUAGAGAUGCGACACGUGCCUCAUUUGAAACAUUUAUCGACUUGGUGCAUAGGUGUCUCGACUUCCGUCAGCAUAAUUGCUAUAUAAUCGUGGAUGGAUUAGACGAACUCGACGAUCACGAGACAGACAAGGUCAUCAGUUUCUUACAGCGACUUCAAAGUGGGCUUGGUAAAUUCCGGAUAUGUCUCUCCCUACGCGACUAUCCUAAAGGAUCUCCUUCAGCAAAUGUGUUCUCGUGCUUAUCUGGAGUGGCUAUGGUGCCGAUGCCUAGUAACACGGCAGAAAUUGAAGAGUUCAUCCAGUCGGAUUUGGAAAAUCGAAUCGAGACCGGAAGACUCACAAUCGGGAAUCCCACUUUGAUUCUGGAAAUUCAAGACGCUCUAUCGAGGGGGUCCGAAGGGAUGUUUUUGUGGGUAGCACUUCAAAUAGAGUCGCUAUGCUCCAUGGAGAGUGAUGAGGAGAUUCGCCAUGCUCUUACCGACCUGCCGAGGGAUCUUUCAGAGACCUUUGCUCGUGCAUUGAAAGCGAGAUCCGAAAACGCCCAUCAAAAGAAUAUCUUUGCGAUGCUGGCUGUGGCAAAUAGGCCAUUGAUGGUGCAAGAAUUACGGGAAGCCUUGUCUGUUGUUCCGGGUGAUCUCGACUGGAAACCAGAUAGACUUCUGAACAAUAUUUGGAGUACACUGGCUUCAUGUGGAAGUCUGAUCACGAUUGAUGAGGAGCAAUUGACUGUGCAUCUCGUUCACUCCAGCGUCAGGCAAUUUCUUCUCGGCAAGCCUAGAAAGUCAACAGAAAUGUUGGUCAAUUCUGAUGAUGCUCAUCGCAUGAUGGCAGAGGUCAUAAUUACCUAUCUGAACUAUAGCAUGUUCGAAAGGCAAGUGUCCAAACAGGUACAAUCUCAACUUCAAACAGGAUCCUUGCCAUAUGAGGUCAUUCGCUCAACUAUAAAUUCCUCAAUGCGGGUUCAAAAGCUAGCAAUCAGACUCCUGAGGUCCCGCAAAAAUCCCAAUUUUGAUAUUGGGAAGGUUGUGGCAGAGACUGCUCGUCAAAGUCAUGACCACCAACAAAUCUUCUACUUCCACAAUUAUGCAACUUCAUGCAUUUCGGCUCAUGUCACGAGAGCUUCGGGUCUCAUACAGGAUAUGCAGACUCUGUUUGCGCGGCUGCUGGGGCCAGUGUCGAUUUUGAGACGCGAGAUGACCGAUGAAGACUACAACAUGAUUUUGGAUUGGGCUCUAAUGAAAGGAUACAUGCCCUUGGUCAUGGUGCUGAGUAGGCCUAGGCUCGAAAAUCCAGUCGUUGGAACAAGAGUACUGAAUCGGGCAAUCACUGAUGAUGAUGAUGCCAUGAUUCGAUUUCUCUUGACUUCAGAAGAAGGUUAUGUUCUGCCUUCGAGACUUGGUUUGGGGCCGAGCAGUCCCGAGCAGAAUUCACUAUUAUUCGCUGUGCGAAGCGGUAGCAGUUCCACGAUUGAAACUCUCCUCGCAUCCGGCAAGUUUAACAUCAAUAUCAAAGACUCUUCCGCAGACGGACGGACCCCUUUACAUGAAGCCGUCGUCAGGGGGCUGGAUCAGACCAUUGCCCUACUUCGUCAUGGUGCUGAUUAUAAUAUACCAGAUGACAAGGGAUAUACAGCGCUCCACCUUGCGGCCAUGCACGGACAUUCGGACAUUGUCAAGUACAUGAUUUAUCUCGGUUCUGAUCCCAACGAUACGGAUAGCCAGGGAUUAACUUCCUUGCAUUUGGCUGCCCUACAUGGCAAUUCCGAUGUUGUGAGAGUACUUCUAGAUAAUCCGUCAACCGAUGUUUCUUUACUGGAUAGUGAAGGUCGCUCUGCUGGUGACUUGGCCGUGGGUAAUACAAGCCUUGGCUUUGUCGCUGAGCUAGAUCCUCGCCUGAUUGCAUCGAUAAAUAGGCAUACGUCAGGUUUCAAACAUAGAUUUGGCGAUGUGAGCUAG